UGGGGGGUUAGAGAUGAGAAGGCAGAGGUAGGGUGGGAGCCGGACCCACGCGGGGCAGGGAGCAGCGCCCUAGGCCGACACCGAGGGGGAGGAAAAGGAGCGGGCCGCUCCCUCCCGGAGCUCUCGGAGUUUGCAGACGGACUGAUGCCCUCCCCACCUCCUCCCCCAGGAGGCCCAGGGUGGUACCACCGCAGCCUCGCCUCACCUCACCCCCCCUCGGUGUAGUGGGAGGGAAAGGAGCCCCAGAAGCCCUCCCUUCCCUCCUCCCCCCACCCCAGGGAGGGCCGCUACAAUUUGUGGUUACAGCUUUACACGUCAGAAAAAAAAAAAAAAGUUUGCAGAAUGUCCCACACUGAAAAAAAAAAAAAAAUCCGAAACCGAGCGAAAAAAACCUGCGAGUGGGCCUGGCGGAUGGGAUUAUUAAAGCUUCGCCGGAGCCGCGGCUCGCCCUCCCACUCCGCCAGCCUCCGGGAGAGCAGCCUCGCCCGGCCGGCCCGGCCCCCGGCCCCAUGGACCUCCGAGCAGGGGACUCGUGGGGGAUAAUAGCUUGCCUGUGCACCGUGCUCUGGCACCUCCCUGCAGUGCCAGCCCUCAAUCGCACAGGGGACCCAGGGCCUGGUCCCUCCAUCCAGAAAACCUAUGACCUCACCCGAUACCUGGAGCACCAACUCCGCACCUUGGCUGGGACCUACCUGAACUACCUGGGCCCCCCUUUCAACGAGCCUGACUUCAACCCACCUCGGCUGGGGGCAGAGACUCUGCCCAGGGCCACCGUCAACUUGGAAGUGUGGCGAAGCCUCAAUGACAAACUGCGGCUGACCCAGAACUACGAGGCCUACAGCCACCUUCUGUGCCACUUGCGCGGCCUCAACCGCCAGGCCGCCGCCGCCGAGCUGCGCCGCAGCCUGGCCCACUUCUGCACCAGCCUCCAGGGCCUGCUGGGCAGCAUCGCGGGGGUCAUGGCCGCCCUGGGCUACCCGCUACCCCAGCCUCUGCCUGGGGCUGAGCCCGCCUGGGCCCCUGGCCCUGCCCACAGUGACUUCCUCCAGAAGAUGGAUGAUUUCUGGCUGCUGAAGGAGCUGCAGACCUGGCUGUGGCGCUCAGCCAAGGACUUCAACCGGCUCAAGAAGAAGAUGCAGCCUCCGGCAGCUGCGGUCACCCUGCACCUGGAGGCCCAUGGCUUCUGAUCUUUGACCUUGACCACCUCCUCUUCCCUACCCCUCCAACCCUGCUCCCACUCUGGGAGGGAGAAACCUGUGUGCCAACACCUGUUGAGCCAGGAGACAGAGGCUGUAAGCCUCCGGCCCUUCCCGGACUUGGAGGAGGGUGUGGUGCAAUAAGGACCAUCCCCUCCCCACUUCCCAAAGUUCCGCAGGUCUGGGGAAGAGGUGCAAUAGGCCCCGUCCAUCCCAUUUCUACAGGAAGUAAUGCUCAAGGGAGCCCGAGGGGGUCCGGGUCGGUGUGAAGGCUCUCCCAGCCUCCUGCUUCCCGCCCACCGCCUGCCAGUGCCCAGGAGCCCCUCCAGUGGCACUCCCAGAAGGCAUGCCUGCAGGGCAGGGAGGGGCCGCCACAGCACGUGCCUUGCGGGCGAAGCCCGUUGCUGCCCCACUCUCCUCAGAUGGGUGUUGCUCCCCUACCCCCAAUGAACUCUACACACUCAAUUCGGGAAACGAACACAGUGGCGAGUCUGAACAGGAAGAGACGGGAUU